ACGCCCGCUUACAUUCAUGCUUUCACGAUGUCACCUACGACGGCGGCGAGUAUAGUCAUGAAACUGAUUUUAUUUAUGCUUUUAUGCGUCGUGAAUAUUAUUCAUGCUCAGCGUGUUGACCCGAGUCUCAACCUAUCAGUCACUUGCCGCCCAUUUGGCGCAUGCGAGCCAUGCCCACAAGACGCUCUUCAUGAACCCUUCUGCCAUCCAUUCGGCAACCGUCAACUCAUGCACUGUUCGAACACGACCUCCACCCCGCCUCCAACGAUACCCGCCGAUCACCCACACCCCACAUCUACACCCUCAGCAGCCUCAGGAGCUCUCGGGGAGACUCCUGCGUGGCAGCCUUGCGGCCGCAUUCCCACACAAGAGCGUGCUGAUUUUUACGAAUUCGUGGCGUGCAACCUGUUUUUCGCUGCUGUUGCCAUAGGUGUAUCCCUACUUCGCUCUCGACGAAUAGAAGCGCAUCAAGCCAGACGUCUGGCUGUACGAAUCGGACUUGUUAGAGGUGGUGGAUAGGAUCUUGGUUGAGACUUCGCCUCUGGCCUGUUCGGUUUCAUGUUCGAGCCGACAGAAGGCCAGACACAACGUUCGUUAUGAACUCGGACGGCGAACGUGUUGAUCGCUGCAGGUAGCUGAGAGGACAGGGUACAAUACAGUCAGACGUGCGGAGUCCUCGCGGUCGAGCUCCUUUUUUGUCUGUAUCUUUGGCAACAUGUUCGCAAUGCGUCACGGGAUUUCAUCUGUUAUAUGAUGGAGAUUGAAUGAUGCUGGCGAUUGGUGGGCAGUAGCGGUCUUCUCACUCACCGUUCGUACUGAAGCCUGUCGUUCAGGGCUUGUGUUCGUCUCGUGUUGCAUAAUUUUUGUGUACAUCGAACGAUAGCUCAUGUGAACUUGAUAUAGAGAAUUAUAUCCCUGACUCUUACAAAGUGUGGAUGAAGGAGUCAAUAUUGCGAAGCG